AUGUCCGUUCUCCGUCAUGGAGGUUCAUACCUCCAGCGACAUACGAAGACCUCGUGUGAGAGUGUAACGACGGCUUCGAAGGCUGUCGAUGAUCCAGAGCUCGUGGCUCUGCAUCGGAGCUUUAGGACGCAGCGGGAUCGGCUUCUUGCUUGGGGUCUAGACUGGAGCGACGCUAGCGCCGCGCAGCCAAAUGAUAUCGAUGAAUCGCUCACCCAGGCUGGGUUUAGCGAUGUCGUGGAAAGUGUUAUGUCUUCCAUCCAGGAGUUACUAAGUGAAGCGGAACGCAUCCAACAUGGGGGUUCCUCCGAUCUACCUCCCAAAGGCGCUCAGAGGGACUCUACAUCGAAAGAUAGCCUUCCUGCCCUGCCGGUCAAGACGCACUGGACAAAUGAAGACAUCACACGCUCUAAGAGCCUCCUUGCUGACUUGACGGCUUGCAUCGACACUCUGUAUGAUUUGUCACGCUCGCGCCGAAACAUGGCCUCAAGCGGGCAGUCGGCUGUGCGGGGUCGGCAACGACACGCGCUCAGAACAGGAGAUGAGUCUGUUUACUCUGUCUAUCCUGACUCCAAGUCCUACCACGGCUCUCCGCUUGAGACUAAGGAGGCCUACCACAGCCCCAAAGCGCAUCAAGAUCCUUUCGACUAUGCGUCGCCCGUUGUCAGCGCUUUCGAGAAGCAGUCGCACAAAUCUUCUCUUUCAUCGCAGAGCUUCCUCAUUGAUCGCUCUGCUUUGCAGCUCUCCGGUGCGUCUCACGACAACAGUCCGCCGCCGUAUGAGAUGGUAGCUGCUUCCACCAAUUCUCGGGCCAUUGGACGUAUCAAGACGUCGGCUUCUCCGCUCUUGGCGGGCGCCAAGGAGUCUACCGUAUCCAUCAUGGUUGAGUAUACGCCCAUGAUGCUGGAAACUCAACGCGACAUUACUUUGCCGGAACAGAAGCGUCUUGAGCAUGUGCAGCAGACCCUUGAUCAGCUCGUCCAAAACGCAAGGGUAUCCCAUCUGGGUUUGAUGAGAUUCAUUGGCUUCUACAUUGACAUGCCCAAUUCGCGAUAUGCGUUUAUCUAUCAAAUGCCAAUCGACUAUUUCCCCUUCCUGCACAACCCUUCCGAUCUCCUGAGCGGCUUGAAGCCAAAGCCUCUAGUUUCUCUCUUUCAAACCGGCGAUGAUCAACGGGUUCCCAACCUUGAAACCCGCCUGCGGCUGGCUUAUGACCUUUUGAUGGCUGCGCUACAUCUUCGAAGCCAGAAUCUUGUGCAUGGGAACAUCAAUAGCGGGAACGUGCUGAUCUUCCCCGGUGCGACCAGCUCGAACAACGACGAAGUGGCCCUUACGGAGGAUCUUCGACGGCCCUAUCUGACAUCCUUCGCUCAAUUCUCUGGUUCUGCGACAUCACCCGAGCCUCUCUCAUCGAGCAUGUAUCGUCAUCCCGACGAUAAGAGGUCCCUUGAGGAUGAUGCGGCCUGGUCCUAUGAUCUCUAUUCCCUCGGUCUCGUUUUGAUGGAAAUUGGCCUGUGGACGCCAAUCAGCCGACUCUGGAAGAUGAAAUACACCAAUUCGAUGUUUAAGCAGAGAAUCGAAAAUGUUUAUCUGCAGAAGCUGGGUCCGAAGUGCGGCAGUGCAUUUCUUCACGUCGUCCAACUGUGUCUGGACGCCCCCAACUUCCAUUUAUCAACGCAGCCAUUCGAGGAUUUCAACUUGAGAGUUCCUCAGACGUAUCAUUAUCCUGUUUUGGAUCUUUCUGCACCAGACAGCAUCUUUUCUUUCUCCAUGAACUUCCUUUAUACCAUGUGCAAGAUUGUUUGGUCUUGCUGCAGAAUUGAUAUUUUCUCCGCACCGGCCGCUGAGGAGUUGGAUGAUUGCCUCCCCUUGCUCUCUCCUCAAAAGUAUGAGCCUGAACCUCAGCGACUGACACGUCGCAAUGGUUCGUAUCCUGCUCUUCCAGUGCAAGAGAUGCGAGUCUUGAGGGAGAAGAUGGGCUUGGAGGAGAAGAAGGCGAGGAAGAGGACAUUCAAAAAGCUUACCAACGUCGAGAUUCCUCAAGACCACCUCAACGAAUGGAACUUUCAGAUGCUUCCACGAUUGAGAAAACUUCUUCAGAAGGUUCUGAAAGACUCAUCCGAAUCCUGUGGUGUCACUCUGAUGAUGACUGGCGAGUCGGCCGAAACCGCCAAAACGACCAUCUGUGUUACCUGCGCGAGUGCAAAGAAGGUAAGAGCCGCCUUGAAGAAGUAUUUUGUGCUCGACGACAGGGAAGAUUGGGACAUCAUCGUGCUUCGUGGGGAUAUCCAACGCUCCAAAGUUCCGCGAAAGAAAAGGCGCAGGCCGGCAAAGUCUAGAUCGCAGACGGUGGGUGCUCCGGCAUUUCCCGAGCGAGAUCUCAAUCCCUGCUAUCAGCCACGACCGCUUUGUGGCGCGUCCAUUGGCGCCUUUCAGAAUGAUGAGCAUCUCCCUCCUGUGUCCUAUGGGGGUGCCAUCUUGGUCGACGGUAUGCCUUAUGGUAUGACAGUCCAUCACAUGCUUGAGGCACCUACUGGGAAUUGGCCAGGAGAAUCCGCCCCCUCGAACAACGAUUUCAUGUACACCUGGUGUGACGAGGAUCCCUCUGAAGUUAACCUCGAGUUUGAAAUCUCGGAAGACGAGGAUGGCGAUGACGUCUCCCUCUCCCAAAGCUUGGAAGGAACUUACGACGACCAUUGGCUCUCAGACAGUUAUUCUUCGGACGAAGAAGGCUUUGAUGUUGAUGACCCUUAUGAGGAUGAGGACGUGGCUUCGAUCGGCGACACGGCCGGAGUCGAGCCAGGUGAUGAGCCGCCUCUAUUUGUUACUCAACCGGCAAUCGACGACGUCCAUGAGGAUUUCUUCCCGUCGCCCGAAGAUCGUGACGAUGAGCACUUGGCGUCUCACUCGCUCGGGUUCGUCCAUGCAUCAUCGGGCGUUCGCCGCUGGACUCGGAAAGGCAUCAAGCACGAAAUUGACUGGGCGUUGAUCAAGAUCAACGAUGACCGGUUAGACGCGCGCAACAUUGUCUUUGACAAGACGCCGCCAUCAAUGUCCCGAGGUGUCCAUAGACGGGGCCCUGGAGGACAGCCUUCACAGACAGGGGAGGCCAUCUUUCUCAAUGAUGUAGCACGGAUGGAGGAGCUCGGCGGUUUGAAGGUGCAUUGUUGCGGUCGGACAAGUGGUCUGCAGAGUGGACAGAUUUCCCGAGCGAUGACCAUCGUCAAACUGCACGGACGACAAACUUUCUCCACUAGUUUCUGCGUGGAUGGAAACUUUGGAGUCCCCGGAGACUCGGGAGCCUGGGUUUUCGACAAAUCGACGGGCCGUGUCUGCGGUCAUGUCCUAGCCUGGUCGGAGAAAAGCCACACAGCCUACAUCGCCCCCAUGGAAGUGUUGCUGGAGGACAUUGCUCGCACCCUGAAAGCUAGCAUGGUCACUCUCCCCGGUCGUCGGGACGAGUCUCUCGCCUUCGCGAUGGCUCACGGCCCAAUGCAUGAACCUCAGAACCCGCGUUACCAGGCGCCUCUCCCUCUUCCACAACAGGUUCCCGUGGACAUUGGCCGGCUAAGCCUGGGCCUGGAUGAGCCCGGGAUGGGCACUGUCAACCCCAGCCGCGGUAUACCAGAGGUGUCGCCCACCCCUUACCGAGGAAUGCCACCUAUCCUCUCCCCGCCUCGCAGCUUAGAAAGACAGCUUGCCUAA